AAGUUGGAUAAUAGAUCAUGGAGACUGGAAACACUGCACUAGCACAUUGUUUUUUUCUGGCUCUAAUUUUUAAUAUCGUCUUUUUACACAAAUUGUUGGUACUGGUGUGGCAUCAGUAGAGGGGAAGAAGAAGACUUGUUUAGAACCUGGACUUUUUUCAGUGUCAGUUCCAAUAUUUAACAUUAACAAAUAGAGAGAAAAGACAUCCCUGAACAAACAGGAGUCCAGGGGUCGUCUGCCAGUGUUGACUCAGUAAUAAAUCAGUGACAGGGACUCACCACUAAUAAACAAAAGAGUAAGAGCAACGCUCAAUAUAAGGAUCUUCAUGGUUCUAGUCAGUUGGUACCUGAGGACAAAAAUAUUCAUAUCCGCUUCCCUGGAGCCACAGUGGCGUAUCAGAAGAACACUAUCAGUGAACCCACCCACUCCGCCAGUCAUGCAAAGCUGGGAGAUUUGGCCUUCUCUUUAGGCAUUGAAAAGAAUGUCCUUGCCUCUCCUCUCCGUCUAAUCUGUGUCUACGAUCGUAUUCUACGAGGGGAAAUGUUUCACCGGGCUUAAGCUGGAGAUAUGCGGUGAAUGUGACAACUUCCAGGACCGUGGCUUCAUGAACAGGGUCAACUCCAUCCGCGUGGAGAGUGGAGCCUUCAUCUGUUAUGACCACCCUGACUUCAAGGGCCAGCAGUACAUCCUGGAGCACGGAGAAUAUCCAGAGUUUCAGCGUUGGAACGGCCACAAUGACCACAUAGGCUCCUGCAAGCCCAUUAGGAUGCACGGCGAGCACUAUAGGAUGCAGCUGUUUGAGGGAGCUGACUUUGCGGGCCAGUGUGUGGAGCUGUGUGAAGAUGUUCCAUUCCUUCAGGGCCAAGGCCUGAGCAAGAACUGCAUCAACUCCAUCAAGGUCUAUGGAGAUGGAGCGUGGGUGUUGUACGAAGAGCCUAACUACCGCGGCCGCAUGUACAUUGUGGAGAGAGGAGAUUACGGUAGUCACAUGGAGUGGCAGGCUCAGAACCCCAACAUCCAGUCUAUUCGCAGGGUUGCCAACUACUUUUAAACCAUUCCAUGAUUACCUGACCUCCCUGGAGUGCAAAGCCAAUCAUGGUUGGACCAUACACCUAAGACAAUGUAAGGUAUUGUCAAACAUGGUUAAGUACCAGGCAUGGCAUCUUAUCUCCACCCCCUCCCUGAUAUCAACACCAUGUAGCUAUGAAAAUAAAAAGAGGAAAAACUAUUUUAUGACAUGCUUGUCUAUUUAUU